AUGCCGAAUUACCAAUCGUACUCAGCAGACAAGUUCUAUCAAGAUUGGCGUUACGCCGUGGGCAAGGAAUUCACCACCCAGGAUGGUCAACCGUUCCCAUACGCCGAAAAUGGCCAUUUGCACUGGGACGAUGAGCUCAAAAAAUUAGAAUUUGGUGGUCAAGGACCGUGGGAUGCUUGUGUGAGCGGUGAUGGACGGUCGCUAGCCGUAGUCUUGCAGAAGGACAUUCAUAUCAUCGACACAAACACCUGGGCGACCGUCUGUAUCCUCCGCGGACAUGAAGAAGCAAUACAGGGCCUCGCCUUCGCACCGAAUGACUCCAAUAUUCUAGUAUCACAUACUCCGCGUGAUUUUGGCCCAAUUGGAACUGAUACAGAGCCCGUGAUCACUGUUUGGGAUAUCAAAGAGUACCAGAAGCGUCACAUUUCGAUCCAAAGCCAAGCCUCACCGGAUGAGGUCGCCGCCGCAGCAGCUCAAACGGCUGCUUCCAAAGUAGCUGAAAAAGGCGUGAAGCAGACCAUCCAGGGACAAGCGAGAAUGAUUCGAGGAUCUCAGGUCUUUAGUCCAUCGGGGAAGAAAUUUGCUUAUAUACCUGGAGGUUGGCUCCGAUCAAACGAUGUCGAUGUCUGGGACAUCAACAUCGUUUCUACCAGCGAUUUUCAAUCAGACCGUAUCGCCCUUCAUGCUCACACCGACCGCAUCACAUGGAUGGGGUGGAAUCAUGACGAAUCUUUGUUCGCAAGUGUCUCCUGGGAUAAGACGAUUCGAAUUUGGGAUGCAAUUACUGGAGAACAGCGAUUUUGUUUUACCACAACCAUGCAGAACUGGGCGGGUAGAUUCUCCCCCGAUUCCAAAUACUUCGUUGCCACCUGCGGUACUGGUGCCACGCACAUCUACAACCUGUCUGACGGCUCCACGGUCUGGGUCCUCCAGCGCGAAACCCCAAGAGGCUGGCGACGUGCGCUGGAUUGGCACCCUAACGGCAAGUUGCUAGCCGUGGGAGGGGAAAAAAUGGCUCCUGUAUACUUGUUGGACGUGGAGAAGAAAGAGGUCCUUCAGCAACGACCCUUCUCGCCGGAGAAGACACAUGCUCAAGGGGGCAGGGACACUGAGACUGUACGAAGCAUGCUAGGGUCUUUCUUAGGUGUCCGCCAGGUCCGGUUCGUUGACAACGGAAACAAGCUGGCCGUUUGGACCUCUGGAGACGACAGCAUUGAGGUGUAUGACUUGGCUCGAGAAGUGAAAUGGAGGUUUGCGAGAGGGGGGACGGAUGAUGGCAUAGACAAUACGAAGUGGACGGAGCUCAAGUGCCCAUACAAUUCCAAAAUGUUGAAUUGGGAGGAUAAAGAGAGGGGACAUACCAUGUUUGCCAGCGUGGACUGUGACGGGAUCCGAAUUUGGUCUCUCCCGCUGACAGGGCCUUGGAAAGGCCCCUGA